AUGAAUAAUAAGGAAGUAAUCAAUUUGUACAUAGAAGACAGAUAGGAUACUUUAGAAUGGAGUGGAGAUGAUGUAGAAAUAGAAAUACUUGAUGAAGUAGUGACAUUUAUUCUAAAUGACAUAAAACAAAAGUAUUAAACUGAUUUGUUGACUUUGAGAGAUUAAGAGAAUCAAUAUUAUGAGAUUGAUUAAAUAGUAGAAUUUAAAAGACCUCAUACAUACAUCACAAUACCAUAAAGACAUGAUGUAAAAACAUUAGCAAAGGUAUUAAAUAGAAUAAGCUAAGAAUGAAUUAAGGACAAAUAGAAACAUUUAUACCAUUAAAAAAGACAGUGUUCUAUUAGAUAAGUAUAAGGAAGCUAGUAAAGUAGAAAGUAUUGAAUAUUAAAUCACAGCUAUUAAAAAAGCUAAUCAAAAAUAUGUAGACACUUUAAUAGGCAUUUUUGAUGAUUUAGUAAUAUAACCUAAAAAACGCAACUCUAUAAAGAAUGAAAUAGCUAAACCUAUACAAUUUUAGAAUGAACCUGAAUCUCCAAAAUUUGGAUAAUCUCCUAAGGAAAGUGUCUCACCAAGUUGGAUCUUAAGGAAAUCACUUAGUGAUAGCAGCAAGAAAAACGAUUUAAAGUAAUUUACAAUCGACGAGGUAUGACUAUCCUACUGAAAGUAGGUGGCCAAACAUAACACUAUCAAUUCAGCAUGGAUUGUUAUCAAUUCCAAAGUUUAUGAUGUUACUAAAUAUUUAAAUAAACAUCCUGGAGGCCAAGAAGAACUUAUGAAAGGAGUUGGAACUGAUGCAACUCCUUUAUUUAUGUAAAAUCAUCCAUGGGUUAAUGCUCAUUAUCUAUUAGAACAAUUUUAAGUUGGAUUUCUAAUCAAUCAUAAAUGA